CCUUAUUUAUCAUUGAGGUUUCCAAGUUAUCUAUGGUGUUUUUUUUUAAUUUUUCUGUACUGUCCAUUUUUAAAUGUUGACGUAAAUUCAAGUUUACAUAAUUUUUCUUCAAGGGAUAUGUUUUACAGCAAGGUUAUAGGAAGGGCACUUUUCUCGGCUGCGGCGGUGGUCGUAGAAUCCGAUGUGAAAGUGGAAGAAAAUAAAGGGCUUAGGUGCAGACCUAGCGAACUUCCGAUUUACACUUCAGAUGUUCCCACAAAAAAUCAACCCGACGACCAGGAACCAGUAUUACUGGAAAACUCUAUUUUAUCAGCGGUGAAAACUAUAGAGAAAAUUGCUGAUGAAAUAAAGGCUUAUCAGAAAGUAGCGGUUCAAAGUUUUAAUGAGAGUAGAGACAGUAUCGACGCUGUUGUCGAGUUCUUACGCCAAGAAGAUAAUACAUUACCUAAAGUAGGUGCAGUGGGAAUUGGUGCCUUAACAGGAUUAAUUUUUGGCCUUCGUGGUGGAUUUAUUAAAAGAACAAUAUAUGCUACUACUGGGGCUUUGGGUAUUGCUGCCAUAUGUUAUCCAAAAGAGGCAUCUGAAUAUUCUCAAGUUGGCCUUACACAAGGAAAGAAAUAUAUUACUGUAGCAUAUAAUUUUGUUUAUGGAGUGAAAAAAGAUGAUCCACCUUUAGAGUUACCAACACUACCGAAAUUACCAUUUGAAGACUGGGACUCUUUAAAAGCAAAAAUAAAAUCGUUUAUUUCAGAGGAUUCACAAAAAGUAAUUGAGAAAGAAGGUAAAGGAAUAGAGAGUGUAAGUAGUUUUGAUACUCAGAUGAAUGUUGCCAAUGAAAAGACUGAAAAUGCAGAAUCAAAUCCAAAACCCAUCCUUUAGUUCCCUGUGGUUUUCCUUAGGAGAUGGUUAAUGAAAAGUAACAGCAAUGGGAACCGCUAGUCACAUCUUAUUUACUCUAUGCAGUAGGUAGUUUCUUUUAAUUUAUUUCCAUAUAAACAAAAUUGUAAGCAAGGAAGUUAAUACAAACCUCUAUUUUA